CCCGCCUCAGCCGGUGGAGGCGGGAGCGGUGCGGCGCCGCGGGCAGCGAGCUCCGCAUUCGAACCUCCCUCGCAAAGACAGUCUCCGCCCCACAAUGCACCGCGGCGGGCAGCCUUUGAAAAAGCGGCGCGGCUCGUUCAAGAUGGCGGAGCUCGACCAGUUGCCUGACGAGAGCUCUUCAGCAAAAGCACUGGUCAGUUUAAAAGAGGGAAGCUUAUCUAACACACGGAAUGAAAAGUACAGCUCUUUACAAAAAACACCUGUUUGGAAAGGCAGGAACACGGGGCCUGCUGUGGAAAUGCCUUUCAGAAACUCAAAGCGAAGUCGACUCUUUUCUGACGAAGACGACAGACAAAUAAAUACCAGGUCGCCUAAAAGAAACCAGAGAGUGGCGAUGGUCCCACAGAAAUUUACAGCAACAAUGUCAACACCGGAUAAGAAAGCCUCACAGAAGAUUGGUUUUCGAUUACGUAACCUACUCAAGCUUCCCAAAGCACAUAAAUGGUGUAUAUAUGAAUGGUUCUACUCAAAUAUAGAUAAGCCACUUUUUGAAGGCGAUAAUGACUUCUGUGUAUGUCUGAAGGAAUCUUUUCCCAAUCUGAAAACAAGAAAGUUAACAAGAGUAGAAUGGGGGAAAAUCAGGCGGCUUAUGGGAAAACCACGGAGAUGUUCUUCUGCAUUUUUUGAGGAAGAGAGAUCAGCAUUAAAACAGAAACGUCAGAAAAUACGGCUCUUGCAACAGAGGAAGGUUGCAGACGUCUCGCAGUUCAAAGAUCUCCCGGACGAGAUCCCUUUGCCCCUGGUCAUCGGAACCAAAGUCACAGCACGAUUGCGCGGUGUUCACGAUGGUCUCUUCACUGGACAGAUUGAUGCCGUGGAUACUUUCAAUGCCACUUAUCGAGUCACUUUUGAUAGGGCGGGACUUGGGACCCACACAGUCCCCGACUACGAGGUCCUGAGUAAUGAGCCCCACGAGACGAUGCCAAUCGCUGCCUUUGGACAAAAACAGCGGCCUUCCCGGUUCUUCAUGACGCCGCCGCGGUUACACUACACCCCUCCUCUCCAGUCGCCCAUCACGGAUAAUGACCCCUUACUAGGCCAGUCACCUUGGAGAAGUAAAAUUUCUGGCUCUGACCCUGAAACGUUAGGCGGAUUUCCAGUAGAAUUCCUGAUCCAAGUGACCAAAUUAUCAAAAAUUCUCAUGAUUAAAAAGGAACAUAUCAAAAAAUUAAGGGAAAUGAACACCGAAGCAGAAAAAUUGAAGUCCUACUCCAUGCCCAUCGGCAUCGAGUUCCAGCGGCGCUACGCAACCAUCGUCCUGGAGCUCGAGCAGCUGAACAAGGACCUCAACAAAGUCUUGCACAAAGUCCAGCAGUACUGCUAUGAGCUUGCCCCAGACCAGGGCCUGCAGCCCGCAGACCAGCCGACGGACAUGCGGCGACGGUGCGAGGAGGAGGCGCAGGAGAUAGUGCGGCUCGCUAACUCCGCCGCUGGGCAGCCCUGCGUCGAAAACGAAAACCUGACGGACUUAAUCUCCAGGCUCACGGCUAUCCUGCUGCAGAUUAAGUGUCUGGCCGAAGGAGGAGACCUGAAUUCCUUUGAAUUCAAAUCACUCACAGAUUCACUGAACGACAUCAAGAGCACGAUAGACGCUUCUAACAUCAGCUGCUUCCAGAACAACGUGGAGAUCCACGUGGCACACAUCCAGAGCGGCCUCAGCCAGAUGGGCAACCUGCACGCCUUCGCGGCCAACGACACCAACAGGGACUGAGCAGGCACGUGUCGGGGUGGCCUCCCCGGCCCCCAUGCUGCGUCCCCGAGUGCGGGGCACGGGGGCACGGACACCCCAGCGGGGCCCGCGAACAAGCUAUGCCACUUGGACUGGCACUGCCGGCCGGCUUCAUGUUCACUUUCCUCCUGCUCCUCGGCCGCCGGAGCGUCGCUUCUGUCCCGUUCGGUAGCAAGUGCUCCUCAGCCGAAGGUGCGUGAGCGCCGGACACUUUCACGUGCAUGAAUUCAGCCCAACACGCGCAGGCAGCCGCCGUGCAGAACACGAGGAGACAUGGUCUUUUUGUGCGUGUGUGUGUGGCAGCGCCAGCGGGAAGUGACAGCCUGGGCACCCCCAGCGGGGCACCAUUCCGUCUUUGACAGAAACCGUCCUCGAGGCGCGAAGUCCCGCCCUGAAGGAAGCCUCUGGAACGUGGAUGGGAGACGCGGGCUCGACCAGCAGAUGGGAUAGACACCUGGCGACCCAGGCCUGCAGAUCAUUUUAUAGUCAUAAAUAUUUUAAUUUAUCAUAAUUUAUAAAAGAAACCUCUGUUGUUUGUCGAAAGAAAAUGAAGGAGCAGGAAAAAAAAAGUACUGGCAAAAUUGCUACAUUUCAGCAAGUGGAUUUGGUCCGUCUUUUCCCGUCGGUUCGGGGCAAAAAGUGCUCUUGUUACGAGAUUUAUUUAAAAAGACUGACAACACACUAUUUUCAUAUUUUGUUUAUUUGCACAACUCUUGAACCAGAUUACUGGUUAGAAUCCAACCAUACGCAAUUUAUAAAGUCAAAAGAUUUUAUAAGGAAAACAAAUGUAAUAACCAGUGCAGCGAAAUGCAGGAAAAAAGGUUUGUAUUCGGUUGUGGGGGUUUUUUGUUGUUUUUUUGUUCUUUUUAAAGGAAAACCCUGCCUACGAUGUUAAUCUUGUACAAAGUGUGUAUUUGGAAUUUUGUUUGUUUUAACAUAGAGUAUUAUAAAGUCAAAAUAUAAUAAAAUUGUUUUCAGAUUCGAAGUUUAAAUAUAGCUGUAGAGGUGACUUUGAUUCUUUGAGAUGUCCCAUAAGAUGGGACUUUUUAUAUGUUAAUGUAUAAUAAAACUAAAACAAGAUUAUUUUCCAUCUGAAAUUUUUGUAUAGUUUAAAAAUGCUUUCCUUGCUGGUCUUGUGCCACUGCAGACCUUUAGUGCAGAGUUUAUAUUUAGCUAAACAGUUAUGUUAAUUAAGAAAUGCAUAAAUCCUUUAUUCUUAAUAUUUGUAAUUAUAA